UUAGUAGCCGGGGUUGCCGCCAGGCGUCGGGCGGCCGAACAGGAGCACGUUGGGCUCCUUGCUGACACCCGUUGAUUGACACACAGGGACAAGACAGACAGCGCGAACAUCGGAUGAAUGGAUGGCAGUGGCUGGCUGGCUGGAUGCCAUCCAGCCUGGUCGUGUCCACAUGUGGAUCCUCAUACCCUGGAUGCCCCAUGUGGAUCCAGCCUUUGCUCAUGCUCAGCCGCAGCCCGCCACGGCCCCACUCCUCCUCGGUCAAUGUGUCGCGGCCAGCCUGCUUCGCCGCUCUCAUCAGCCUCUUGUACUCCUGCAAGGUGGCCGCACUCAACCUGACCACACAGAAUCAGCCAGCAGGCGGGCAUUCCAUGGAGUGGAACCUCUUCUGUUUAUCUUAUUGUACGAUCCGCCACUCGCCCCAGUUGUCCUUGAGGCGAGGGCCGUAGAGGUUGCCACUCGUGUCGGCCAGUGGUAUUGCCUCCCUCUCUUGUGAGAUCGGUAAACUUGCCAU